UUCUUUGCCACAGAGAAGAAAAGCAGGCAGCAGCACAUUUUUAGUACCCAUCUGCAGCAGUAAUUUGUAGUCGCACUACCGACAAGCUACUCCUUACUUUUAGUAAAUAAAAAUGAACGGACUGGAGGACGAACAGAUGUCACCACAAAACUUCCUAUACGGAUGUGUCGUGGAAGCUGGAAAGGAGGUGGUCUUCAAUCCUGAAGAUGAUGAGUUUGAUCAUCAGCUAGAUCUGAGGAUGGCCUGUGUGGACCCCAGCACAAAAGAUCAGCUUAACGUGGUGGAGGUGGAGGGACACAACUCUGAGGGUCAGAAAGUCAAAGCAAUGCUGGUUUCACUCAAGCCCUCUACCCUGCCAAGUGUGUGCCUUGGUGGGUUCACGAUUUCACCCCCAGCAGUGUUUCGUCUGAAGGCUGGUUCAGGUCCAGUCCACCUCAGUGGCCAACACCUCGUCAUUCAAGUGAUGGAGCCUGAUCAGUCAUUUGAUGAAGAGGAGGAGGAAGAAGAGGAGGAGGAAGAAGAGGUAGAAGUUAAAAUGUCAAAUAAAAGACCUGCUGCAUCCCCAGCCUCUAAACCUCAGAAAAAAAUGAAAAUCGAAAUGGAGGAAGAGGAUGAGGACGAAGAUGACGAGGAUGAGGAUGAUGAAGAGGAUGAUGAGGAAAGUGAGGAAGAAGAAUCACCUGUAAAGGCUAAACCAACCCCGGCUAAACAGAAGAAAACUCCUCAGAAUGGCAAGAGCUCUGCACCCAGCACUCCAGCCACAAAGCAGGAAAAGUCUCCCAAAGCGAAAGGAGAGAAGUCACCUAAAACUCCCAAAGCAAAUUUAACUGUUCCUGAAAUAAAAGCAAAGAUUAUGGAGGCAACAAAGAAGGGUAUCUCAUUACCUAAGGUCCAGUCCAAGUUUGAGAACUUCCUGAAACAUGGCCAGAAAGUCUCGGAUCCCAAGGUCAUUGCAGAGCUGUGGAAAUGGCGACAGACCUUGAAGGAUGAGAAAUAACUGACUGUAGUUUUAACAUUUUACAACUCGUCACCGCAGCUUCUCUGAAAUCUGUGGAAGCCUGACUCUGUGCCUCACUCUUUCAUUGAAUCAACCCUCCUGAAUGAGCUGGUGAUGGAGACGGUGUGCUGUUGGCAUUUGUGGAUUUGCCUCCAUCACCCACUCAUUUGGGCAUUUGUUCUGGUAAAUGUAUUCUGGAGCUAAAUUACAAGUUUGCUGAAUCAUCAGCGUUUAGAGUUUUGAUUUGACCUCGUUUGGGAACAGCAGAGUAGUCCCAUUGAACAACAGUGUUAGUACAAUAAAACUGAUAAAAAUCAACAAUAAAACAAAGUCAGUUCUUUUAACCGUCCAGAUCGUGUGUUUUUUUUUUUAACAAGCUUAAUAAACCGUUUGAAACACCCAA